AACUUUUGUGCGCCACCACCCUAUGACCGACAAAAUCACGUCAGUCCCUCGCCAGCGACCCACGCCGCACCUGCAGCCCGUCGCCGCUGUUCUCUCUCUCCUCUUUCCUUCGCUCACUCCUCUACUUCGCGCUUUGCUACUACUCGUGGUUUCCGCUGCUACCGGAGUUUCGAAGACCGACGACCGAUGCUGGUCGGUUUCCGCUGCCGACCUCCCAUGCUAUCGCCUGCAUCGCUCGUCGGAGUUCGCUUGACCCGUGUUGUUCGUCCCUACUCGAAGAACCCUGCAUAUGAAGAGAAGAGGAGAAAAUUGUUACAUAUUGACUCGUAAUGUAUGUAUGAGAAAAGGUAUCAUUGAAAGGAACAAAGAGAAUACUAAGUCAAGGAAGAAAUCAAGUGAGGAUUUUGAAGACUAAGUGAAGAUGUUUCUCUAAUUGAUUCUGGAGCAGCAUUGGAGCAAGAAGAAUAAAGCAAGGCGUUUUUAUUUCUAGUUCCAUUGUAAAGGAACGAGUAAUGAUGGUAAGGAACGUUGGCAGUUUUAUUUGAGAAUGAUAGUCAGAACAGACGAAUUGGCACUAAACAAAUCAGUUAAAGGAACUUAUAAAUAAAAGGAACUAGACUUAGGCUCGAAGCAUUAUAACGGUUCACUAAUGGAAGUUGAGUAGAUUAUGCCUAAAAAAUAGGUUACCGUUUUAAUCUAAGAAAAAAAUCCGAUUUUAUGGAAAAUCUUUUUAAGGAAAAGAUUUCGUUUUUCGAAAAAUAAAAAAAAUAUUAUUCGGUUUUUAAAAGGAUUUUAUUUAAAAGAUAAUAUUUUCUUAAGGAUUUAAUUUCAGUUUUAAUAUUAAAUCUGUUUUAGAUUAAAACUGAUUUUCGGAUAAUGCUCAAGCAAUUCCUAUAAUCUAGGAGUAGGAACUAAAACAUGUCCACGUCUAAGAAGUGAUCAUGGGAUCAUGGGAUUUGUUAAGGAACGUGUUCCUUGAGGGAAGGAACAUCAUGGGAUAAUGGUUUUUCACAAAUACACGUUUUAAUUCCCACGUUCUAUAUUACUGUCACUAUAAAUAUUGAAGUCUAAGUAAGUUCCAAAGUGUGUCUGACUAAGUGAUUUAGUGAGUUUAACUAAUUAAGUGUCAGUGCCUUCAUUCUCUCAUAAUAGCCAUUUGUUCUUUGCUUACUUACUCUAAUUCCACUAAACUUAUUUCGAUCAAUUGUAUUUUGGUUUUUGGGGUAAGGGGACUUUGAGUGAAGUUCUGUAAGAGAGAAGCUUUGAGUAAAGCAAGUAAGAGUGAGAAAACUUCGAGUGAAGUUGAGAGGAACUGUUGUUAAGGGAACAGUGGCUCAGGAACUUUAGUUUAGGAACUCAAGGUGUGACUCGAGAAUAGAAUUAGGUUGUAACAAAGUUGUUUGGCCUAAUUAGUGAAAGAGUUGAGUUUAAAAUCUCUAGUGGUCGAGGUUGUUUCUUCUUGUUGGGCCCAAGAAGUUUUUCCUCGUAAAAAUCCCUUGUGUUCCUCUAGCCUUUUUAUUUGUUUAAGUUUAAAUUUUCGUAAAAAGUUACAUUUAUUUCUACACAUACAAUUCACCCCCCCUAUUGAGAGAUAGGAAACCCUAUUGAGAAAAAGAUCCAAGGAACAAUGAAUACCGCCAAGAAACUUGAGGAAGGUUAUUCUACGCAAAGGCCUCCCAUGUUCAAUGGGAAGUUCUACAACUACUGGAAGAACCGUAUGGAGAUAUUCAUCAAAGCUAAAAACUACCAGGUAUGGAGAGUCAUUGAAGUUGGUGAUUUCGAGGUCACAACUAUAAAUGACAAAAAUGAGGUAACUCUAAAACCCCUCUCUGAAUAUAUGACAAAGCUGAUUUUGAAAAAAUGGAAGUAAAUGCCAUGGUUAUUAAAUUGUUGCAUUGUGGACUUGGACCCCAUGAACAUAAUAGGAUCAUGGGAUGCAAAUUUGCAAAGCAAAUAUGGGAUUUACUAGAAGUAAGUCAUGAAGGAACUAAUGAAGUCAAAAGAUCUAUAAUUGAUUUACUAAUGAAUCAAUAUGAACUGUUCUCCAUGAAGACCAAGAAAAGCAUUCGAGAUAUGUUUACUCGUUUUACUAACAUUAUUAAUGAGUUAGCUUAUCUUGGAAAGUUUAUUUCAUCAGAUGAACAGGUUCGAAAGGUUUUUAGUAGUUUUCCUAAGGACAGAUGAUGGCUAAAGUCACUACUUUACAAGAAACAAAAGACUUCACUAAGUUCAACUUAGAACAGCUGGUUGGGUCACUUAUGACUCAUGAGCUUCACCUUGACACUGAAUAUGGUGAAAGCUCUAAAUCAAAAUCCAUUGCUCUCAAAGCAGAUGAUGAAGAUGACUUUGACUCAGAAGAAGAAGAAGCAGCUCUCAUGGUUCGAAAAUUUCGAAAGAUGUAUAGGAACAUGAAGAACGGGAAAUUCAAAGGUAAAACUAAGAAAUUUUCUAACAAAGCUGCUUGUCAUAAAUGUGGUAGCACAGAUCACUUCAUCAAGGAAUGUCCACUUUGGGAAAAUGAUAAAACCAAAGAAAGGAACAAGGAACGCUUUGCUGAACGGAACAAAGAAUCCAAGGCACCUUUCUCUAAGGCAAACGUUCAAAAAGCAAUGAUAGCUGCUUGGGGAGAUUCAGAGACGGAAGAAGAAGAGGAACAACAAACUGAAGAAACAGCAAACCUUUGCCUCAUGGCAAACAUUGAUGAAAAAGAAGAUGAAGAAAAGGUUGAGGUAAGUCAACAUGGUCUUGAGUCAGAAUUAGAUUGUAAAACUAGGCCUGAAAUAUAUGAUCUUCUUUAUUAUGCAAUUCUUGAAUGUAGAGAUGAACGUGAAAAACGUGAACAAACUGAACAAACCCUUAAGGUCUACAAAGAACACAUAGAAUGGCUUAAGAAAAUGAGAACAGAUGUUGAAACUAGAUUAUUUGAUUUGUUUGACAAAAACAUAAAAAUCAAAGAAUAUUAUGAAAGUGUGAAAAAUGAAAAUUAUCUAAUCAAUUUAGAAAUUUCACACUUGAAGGAGUUUGUCCCUGUUCUAAGCUCCUUUGAUAUAAGAUCAACUCCUUUGAAAGGAUACAGAUCUGAGAUUGAAAAUUUGAAUAAAGAAAAAAUUGUUUUAAAGGAACAUAUCUGCAAUCUUAAAAAGGAACUGGUUGUCGCAAGGAACAGAGAGAAAAUGAUGGCUGUUCCUAAGUGGAUUGAGAAACCACAGACCAAAAGAAAAGAAGGUCUCGGUUUUGAAAACCACAAGAAAAGGAACAAGACCAAGAAAUAUGUUGAUCUGCCUAGCGAUAAAUUUUGUAUGUAUUAUGGAAAGGUAGGUCAUUACAUAAAUUAAUAUCAACUAAAAACUGAGAUGAUUGGCAAGAAUGUGAAGAUAAGUAACAAAAAAUGGGUUGUCAAAUCAAGUCCUAGUCAAGAACAGGAACCCACGAAAGAAGGGUUCCUACAACUAACAACUAGUUGAUUUUUGCAGGUUGGAGUGAGGGGGAACAACACAUGCACUAGUAGAAUAAAUGCUAUUUGCUGCGGUCAAAAAGUGGCAUAUUGCUGCGAUUUUGGGCGCGCAACAAUUAAGGGGGCAACAAUAGGUAUUACUUAUAUUGCUGCGAUUUUAAACCGCAGCAAUAUCUAGAAAUAUUGUUGCGGUUUUAAGGCCAAAUCGCAGCAAUAUAUUUUUUUUUAUCAA